GCUGAAGUUUGAAGAGGAUGUUGAGGACGGAGGGGAGCGAUGGAGUAAACCCUACGUGGCCACUCUGUCUCUGCACAGUCUGUUCGAGCUGCGAAGCUGCAUCAUCAACAGCACCGUGCUGCUCGACAUGAGGGCCAACACCAUUGAAGAGAUUGCAGACAUGGUCCUGGACCACCAGGAGUUAUACUCACCACUGGGGGACGAGCUCAGGCUGAAAGUGCGGGAAACACUGUUGAAGCAGCACCAUCACCAGAACCAGAAGAAGCUGGCUAACCGCCUACCAAUCGUACGCUCCUUUGCUGACAUGGGGAGACGGACAUCUGAGCUCCAUCUGGACAAGAAUGGUCAGAUGACGUCCUCCCAGUGUCACUUAGCGGGUCCAGAUGGGAAAGUGGACGUCAGUAGAGAAAACAGUUCUGUCGACUUCAGCAAGAUAGACCUUCACUUCAUGAAGAAGAUCCCAGCCGGAGCUGAAGCUUGUAACGUGUUGGUGGGAGAGUUGGAGUUUCUGAACAAACCUGUGGUGGCGUUCGUGCGUCUUUCACCAGCGGUUCUGCUCAACGGUCUGGCUGAAGUCCCCAUCACCACCAGGUUUUUGUUUAUUCUCCUGGGGCCUUUUGGUCGAGGGCUUCAGUAUCAUGAGAUUGGAAGAUCCAUUGCAACACUUAUGACAGAUGAUGUUUUCCAUGAUGUUGCAUAUAAAGCUAAAGACCGUAACGAUCUGAUCGCGGGGAUUGAUGAAUUCCUCGAUCAAGUGACAGUGCUGCCUCCAGGCGAGUGGGACCCGUCCAUACGGAUAGAGCCACCGAAAAAUGUACCAUCUCAGGAGAAGAGGAAGAAAAGUAAUAUUUUACCAAACGGUUUAGUCGAGGGUGAGGAGGAGGAUGAACCCGGAGGCCAUGGUGGUCCUGAACUGCAGCGCACUGGCAGGUGGUUUGGUGGUCUCUUUCUAGACAUCAAGCGAAAGGCCCCCCACUACCUGUCUGACUACACGGACGCUCUCAGUUUGCAGUGCGUGGCCUCUUUCCUGUUCCUCUACUGUGCCUGCAUGUCCCCUGUCAUCACCUUCGGAGGACUGCUAGGCGAGGCAACAGAAGGACGCAUAAGUGCAAUUGAGUCGCUGUUUGGAGCCUCGCUAACUGGAAUAGCUUACUCCCUAUUCGCCGGGCAGCCCCUCACCAUUCUGGGCAGCACAGGGCCGGUGCUUGUAUUCGAAAAGAUAUUGUUCAAAUUCUGCAAGGAGUAUGGCUUAUCCUAUCUGUCCCUGAGAACAUGCAUCGGCCUGUGGACGGCGUUCCUCUGCAUCGUGCUGGUGGCCACAGACGCCAGUUCCCUCGUUUGUUACAUCACACGCUUCACAGAGGAAGCCUUUGCCUCACUCAUCUGCAUCAUCUUCAUCUACGAGGCCUUGGAGAAACUCAUCCACCUGGGGGAACACUUUCCCUUCAACAAGAACAACAACCUGGACAAACUCAGCAUGUACUCAUGUUCGUGUGUCGAGCCCUCUGACCCCACCAAUGGCACCCUGAAGUUCUGGGAGAUCAACAACAUCACUGCCUCAGAAAUCUAUUGGGAAGCUCUGGAGGUCAAGGACUGUAUUGAGAAGAGAGGCGAGUUUGUGGGCAGCGCUUGUGGCCCGCACGGCCCCUAUGUUCCUGACGUCCUCUUCUGGUCUGUCAUUCUCUUCUUCUCCACUGUCAUCAUGUCUGCCUUCCUCAAAGAGUUCAAGUUCAGCAAUUACUUUCCCACAAAGGUGAGGGCCAUCAUCAGUGACUUUGCUAUUUUCUUAACCAUCCUUACGAUGGUGUUAGUCGACUAUGCAUUAGGGGUUCCCUCUCCGAAGCUGAAGGUUCCCAGUGUGUUUAAGCCGACCAGGGAUGAUCGAGGUUGGUUCAUUAACCCGCUGGGGCCCAACCCCUGGUGGACUGCAGUCAUAACAGUGAUCCCUGCUCUGCUCUGCACCAUCCUCAUUUUCAUGGACCAGCAGAUCACUGCUGUCAUCAUCAACAGGAAGGAGCACAAGCUUAAGAAAAGCUGUGGCUAUCACCUGGACCUAUUCAUGGUGGGGGUGAUGCUGGGCGUGUGCUCUCUGAUGGGUUUGCCGUGGUUCGUGGCGGCCACCGUGCUCUCCAUCACCCACGUCAACAGCCUGAAGCUCGAGUCCGAGUGCUCUGCCCCCGGUGAGCAGCCCAAGUUCCUCGGAAUCAGAGAGCAACGAUUUACGGGCCUCAUGAUCUUCACCCUCAUGGGCUGCUCCGUGUUCAUGACGUCUGUGCUCAAGUUCAUUCCUAUGCCUGUGUUGUACGGAGUGUUCCUUUAUAUGGGGGCAUCGUCUCUCCGAGGCAUUCAGUUCUUUGACCGCCUCACACUGUUUGGUAUGCCAGCCAAGCACCAGCCAGACUUCAUCUAUCUCCGACACGUACCCCUGAGGAAGGUGCACCUGUUCACCAUCAUCCAGCUCAGCUGUUUAAUUCUGCUCUGGGUCAUCAAGACCUCCAAGGCUGCCAUCGUCUUCCCUAUGAUGGUGUUAGCGCUCGUGUUUAUUAGGAAGCUAAUGGACUGCAUCUUCACCAAGAGAGAGAUGAGCUGGCUGGAUGACCUGAUGCCAGAGAGCAAGAAGAAGAAGCUUGAGGAUGCUGAAGAGGAGGAGGAGCAGAGUAUACUGGCAGAGGAAGAGGGAGUCGUGCAAGUGCCAUUGGAAGGGUACAAAGGAAUACCAAUCAUCAACAUCACAGAUGAAAUGUCAAAAGGCUCUUUUGGAAACACUUGGAAUGCAAACGGCUGAGACUUUUGAGGAAGAAUAACUACUUCAGAAUAAUUAAG